UCUUGAGAGAGGAAGAGAGAGAGAGAUUGCUGUGUUUCAGCCCAUUGUAUUUGCUGACCCACAUCACUGAUUCUGGUGGACAAUAAUUUACCGUAGAUGCCUGCCUGGCUGCCUGGCUACUUACUGAGCAACACACCCAGUCUAAAACAACCCUGAUUGUGAGACUUCACAUUCUCAUGUGGAGAACAAAGUUUGGAGUCUUGCUCUGCAGGUUCAUACGUUCACUCGAAGGCUUUACAAUACCCAACAGCACUCACAGGUGAUUUUAAAAGGUUGGUUCUGCCAUGUCCAACCAGCAGCCAGCUCUCUCUCAGGAGGUCCUUGCCCAGUUCAACCAGACCACAGAACCCUGGGGCUCACCGCGGAGACGCCAAGGGUCUAUUUCAACCCUCCGCAGCUCCCAGUCCCAUCCCAGGGACAGGAAGGGGCCUCCUUGCCACCUUCCAAUGCCCCUCAGAGCUCACCCUGGGGGGGUUGGUGGUAGUGGAACCCCCAGGGGCUCCAACGUGAGCAACCCCAAUUCCCCCUUCUUCCGGCGGGAGUCUGGGGCCCUGAGCAAGAGGUUCUCCUUUGGCUGGCUGCAGGGAGGACGCUCCAGUUUCUCUGGGUUGACUCUUCAUCAGUACCCAGCUGUGGAAGAGGAAGUGAAGCUGGAGAGCACUUACCGGACCGGGCCUGAUCAGGACAGCCGUUUCAAGGCAGCUCCCAUUCAGAACCUCCUCCAGGCUACACUGGAUAGCUACAUGGAAGGGGUCUGCUACAGCCCUACCGCUGGCAGCCAUCUUGGGCAGGUGUUGACAGACAUGUUGAGGGAUAAGGUAAAGGAGGUGUGCCCGCCACGCUACAAGAUCGUUUGUCAAGUGGUGAUUGGUCAGAAUGGGAACCAUGGCGUCCGCGUGGUCAGUCGCUGCAUGUGGGACCACUUGCUGGACGACUUUGCGGUUGCCACGUUCCAGAAUGCCUCUCUCUUUGUUCUGGCAAUAGUUCAUGGGGUUUAUCGUGAGUGAUCAAGGUUUGGAUGGAGCGGAGAUGGGUAUAAAUGAUUUAAUAAUAAUAAUAACAGUUAGUGGUAGGUAGCAUCAUCUCUACAUGCAUGAUAGAUCAUGGGGAAAUCCUGUGUGGCAUUUUGUGUCAUAGGUUUGGUGACUGGUGGUUAAAUCUGUAUAAUGACUCGUAGUCAUUUGUCAGUUUAUGUAUUGCUAAGAAGGUUUUGUUGUACAUGUUUGGUAAUGUCUGAAGGUGUGGCGUAUGACAGUUAUGAUUGACAAGAAUUUUGUGUCAGACUAUAGAAUUUCCAUAAACUUUAUUCUACUCCCAUUCUCCCAAAUACAGUACAUAAAAAGUGAUCAUACUGAACAUUUCCCGUGUCAAGACCAUAAUAUUAAACACUUACAAUAAAUAAAAAAUGUAUAAAUAAAAAAUAAAUAGACAAUACGUGACAAAAAAUAAAGAUUUUCUCAAAUAGCAGAUGGCUUUCACAAUGUUGGAUUUCUCAAAAACACAACAACAAUACCUGUAUGUGUGUUCUAUAAUACUUGCAUUCAGCAUCACAGUUUUAAGGACACAAGUCUGGGCAGAAAAAGUAAUGUAAACCAAUGAGGGAU